AGGUGGGCGGAAUACGUUAAUUAAAAUGUCAUUUGGCUGUAAAUCAAAGGCAAAUAAAAAUUGGCCAAAUACACACUCAAAUUGGCUUUUAAAAAGCCAAAGAAGUAGCACUAAACAUUUUGUCAUGGAUAAGUAACAAUUGGAGCCCUCUGGUAACAAUGUUCGCGCAACAAACUUUGAGCAAAAACUGUCGGUGGGGAUUGCGGCUUAAAAUUCAAACGAUAGAAAUCGCCGAAAUUUCUCUUUCCAUUGAAUACCAACAUUUCGACCUUAGGUCUUUCACAAGUAUUCAAUGUUUCCUACGAAUAUUACAAUUCUAUUCGAAAAUUGACGAUUGCCGUUGAAUCAUUCGACGUUAGCCAAAUUUGCUGAUGAACAUAUCCCCUACAGUUCUAAUUUGCACUAAUCUUUCGCACUUGAAGGCAGCCUAUUUUGAAUUUCCGAAAGAAGCGAUGUGAUUCUCGUAAAAGGUAGUAAUCUAAAGAUGAAGUGAUCUUCGAGCACGCACUGAAGGUUAGGGGGAAUUGAAAUGCUCUUGAGUCGAAUGACUUAAGGAUUCUUCGAGCUUGUCGUACUUCAUCCAGGUAAAAAUGGCGAAGACUCCAUCCACACGGGCUAGCUUGCUACCUUCCCAUAAGAACUAUCAGAAGCAUCAAGGUGAAUGCACUUCCGCACCUGGAAAAAGUGUCUUCGUCAGAACGACGUUAUGUGAAGAAGACACCAACAAUGCUUUGGAGGAAACUGUCCCUGGUUUUUCUCUAUGGAAUCCUAGCCAGUCUCUUGGUCGUAGCUCUGGUCAAAGUGGGGUUACAAGCAGGUCUAAGAAGAAAUCCAGCUACCACUCACACCCGAGUGGAACCUAAAGUGAGAGUGGAUCGCAGUGCAAAGGAUGGAAGCAACUUGAAGCAAGUGUUCCUCACUGUGGACAGCAACGAGGACGGAUUAGUGUCCCACAAGGAACUGGCUCAGUCCAUCAGUGUGACUGUUCAAUCACAUAUGCAAAACUGUCUAAAAUCGAACAUGCGUAAGUUCUUCCAAUUGGACAAGAUUACCACCAAUGGGAUGGUCGAGUGGGAUGAGUGGCUUCAAUCAUUCCGCCAGGAUUAUCCAUCUUUGGCACCCAGGGACGCCAAGGAAGCUCUGUCCGAAGCGAAAGCUCGAUGGUCUGAAGCAGCCAGAACUAAUCCCAAUGCUUUGAAUAUCGACGAGUUCUUGUCCUUUUCGCACCCGGAAUUCUCUCAUCCCAAUCUUCUGCAGCAGGUGGACGAGAUGAUCCUGGUGUUGGACACAAAUCAGGAUCAAAUGUUAGAUUUGACUGAAUACUCUCAAAGAGCGCCGAGUUCCAAGGUCAAGAAGAAAGAAUUUGAGGUCUUGGACGAGAACCGGGAUGGCCAGGUGUCGAAGCGAGAACUUUUCCCGUUCUUGGAUCCCAAAUCUAAGUUAUGGGCUCGAAGGACGGCAAGGAAUAUUCUCACACAAUUGGAUGUCAACCAUGAUCAUGCCUUGUCUUUCGAGGAACUCGCCAGGAAUGACGAAAUCCCGGAGUUGCUUCUACCUGAACGAAUAUUUUAUGCUUUCGUCUAGUCUUACUAAAAGUUGUUAUGAAGGUUUUUGUUACUUGAAAAGACAGAAAACGUUGUCAAUAUGUUUUAUUUAAACACUGAAAAAACGAACCAAUUCGAGUCUUUUUCAAUCUG